AUGACGAAGGGAACGGGGAGUUUCGGAAAGAGGAGAAACAAGAGUCACACUCUUUGUGUGAGAUGUGGCCGUCGCAGUUUCCACAUCCAGAAGAGCCGUUGCUCCGCUUGUGCUUACCCCGCCGCUCGCAAGAGGACCUAUAACUGGAGUGUGAAGGCAAUCCGUAGAAAGACGACCGGAACUGGAAGGAUGAGGUAUCUUCGCAAUGUGCCUCGCAGGUUCAAGACUGGUUUCAGAGAAGGUACCGAAGCUAAGCCAAGGAACAAGGCUGCGGCUUCAUCAGCUUAA